AUGGGUCGUACGAUUAAACCCCAAAGGAUCAAGAGGGAGCUUGGCCUCAGCAACCAAGACUUUUUGAAAUUCAAGCAAAUCUGUCGAGAUGCUCAACGUAUUUGGCGCAACGAACACCCGCAGUCGAAAUGGGCCAACAUCAAAACGCCGUGGGGACUGAUCCCCGAGCCAGAGAUCGAACAAGUGGUACAGCUGGUGUGGAACAAAGGUGUCGAGAGGAACAUUUUCCGUGCUGGUGGCGACAACAGUUACAUCAAGAGAAUGGCUAUUCAGGACCGAUUGCAGGCGAUCCGCCAGAAUUGGUACAACAACCACAGACGCAAGGCCGAGAAACUCAUGUAA